GAUAGAGAUAUUUUGAUUUCUUUUUGGGUGUAUUUUUCUUAUUUUCUUGCUUUUGUUGUGCCAAAAUGAAUCAUUUGGCCGAAGUGUUGAGCUUCUUCUCUGGAAUGAUUCUAGGGUGGUGUACGUUUAAGUGUAUCAAAGACGAUUUCUUUGUGUUUCCAGAGAAUAACAAGGGUUUGAGAAUUAUAUUCUUCAAUUACUUUUUUUUUUUUCCAUAACCACCCCCAUUAUGUGUAAAUUGUCAUGUUCUUAACUCUUUAUUUAUUUAUUUAUUUAUUUAAUUUUUUUUUAAUUGUAGAAAAAAUCUUAGAAACAAGAGACGCUUCGCCUGCACAUUUUCUGACUAAGAUUGAAUCUUUCUCUUUAUUUUCUCAUUACGGGAUUGAUAAAUACGAAACAAGGGAAUUUGAAGCAGGAGACUACAAAUGGAGACUCAUAAUCUACCCUAAUGGGGACGAGUACGAGAAUAAGGAAUAUAUUUCUGUAUACUUGGCUGUGGCUGAAAGUAGUUCUUUGCCUGUGGAUUGGGAGAUUAACGCCAUCUUCACCAUCUUUAUUUAUAAUCAGAUUUUAAACAAAUAUCAAUUUUUACGAGGUAAUAUAUAUUUCUUGUUAUUUCCAAUUAUAAACAAUUGUUGAUGCUAGCUAACUCUUUUUCUUUAGUAAAUGAGCGGCGCUUUAAAGAAACGAAGUUGAAAUGGGGAUUUCCCAAAUUUAUGUCUAAAAAAGUGUUGGUUGAUCAAUCAAAUGGAUACCUUAUUGAUAACAACAUUGUGCUUGGAGCUGAAGUUCUUGUCAUUAAAAGACAACGAGUUAUUGAGAAUGUCACUCUCCUCAAACACGCAGAGAAUGAACAUAUACGUGAUUGGAAGAUUCAAGAAUUCUCUAAAUUGGAAAACGAAGUUUGGAUUUCUCAAGAAUUUACCAUAUCCAAUGUCAAUUGGUAGUUUUAUCUUCCCUUCUUUUCUAAUGUUUAUCUAUUAGAUCUUUGAACUAUUCUCAUGAAUUGGUCUUUUUCUUUUCCAUUGUGUUAUUAAUUAUCUAUGUAAACUUAGGAAAAUGAAGUUAUAUCCAAGUAUAGAUUCCAAUUCAAAGACUAGUGAAUUGUCAAUGAAGUUGGUUUGUGCGAGUGCCGAUACAUUUUAUACUCAUCAAAAAGUAAAGGCAAAGUUUUACAUGCGCUUAAAAGGCAAACCUGGCAUAGUUCGAAGCUCGGAAAAACGUAAGUUGUAUAUUCCAUUUAACAGAAGUUUUCUUUUUCCUCAAGUCAUUGUGUAUAUGAAUUACUAUUUCUUAAUUGAUGUUAUUGAUAACCCUGUUACCUUUUAUACUUUUAAAAAUACAUAUUUCUAGUUCAUAGAAUAAUUUUCUAUAUUAUUAAAUAUGUUCAGCUCAUAAAUUUGUUCGUAUUACAGUUUCUCAUUGGUUUACAUCUUCGGAUAAAACAUGUGGAGAACGAGCAUUCUUAAGUUUUGCUACGCUGCGUGAUCCCGAAAAAGGUUUUCUUGUUGAAGAUUGUUGCACCCUACAAGUAGAAAUUUAUGUGGAACUUGUUGUGUAAGCAAUGCGUACACUAUGAUUAGAGCCAUAAAUUCUUGUUCUUUACAUAUUUGUCA